GGCGGGGACCUGCCAAGCCAUAGCCGCGGGCUAUAGCGCCCUCGCGAGGGACAGUCGCCGCUCCCGGCCGCGGCCAUGGAGCGUCGGUGAUCGCCGCCGCAGCGGAGUCACCACCGCAGCCCCUCCGGGAGACGAUGGCCCUGCACUCGUUCUGCUUGGUACUGGAAGUGUUACUAGUAACAACCUUUGUAGUGGAAGGGAUUGCCAUUGCACAGAAGACACAAGGUGGGCAAAAUAUUGGUGUGAAUCGUAUUCCUCCCACCCAGUGUGACAAUUGGGUACGGACAAGUAAUGGAGGACAUUUUUCUUCACCAAACUACCCUAACAUGUACCCACCAAAUCAAGAGUGCAUCUAUAUCUUAGAAGGAUCUCCAAAUUUGGGCUUGAUGCUUAGGAAAUGUACCACUGCUCCACGACAAAGAAUUGAGUUGACCUUUGAUGAGCCUUAUUACAUAGAACCCUCAUUUGAAUGUCGGUUUGAUCAUCUGGAGGUUCGAGAUGGACCUUUUGGUUUCUCCCCUCUCAUUAAUCGUUACUGUGGUUUGAAAAGUCCUGCACUAAUUAGAUCAGCAGGGAGAUUUAUGUGGAUCAAGUUUACUUCUGAUGAAGAGCUGGAAGGAAAGGGAUUUCAAGCAAAGUACUCAUUUAUACCAGAUCCUGACUCUACUUACCUAGGAGGUAUUUUAAAUCCCAUACCAGACUGCCAGUUUGAACUCUCAGGAGCUGAUGGAAUAGUACAUUCCAGUCAAGUACAACAAGAAGGAAAAACAAAGCCAGGGCAACCAGUUGACUGCAUAUGGACAAUUAAAGCUACUCCGAAUGCUAAGAUUUAUGUACGAUUUCUCGACUAUCAAAUGGAGCAUUCAAAUGAAUGCAAAAGAAACUUUGUUGCUGUGUAUGAUGGAAGUAGUUCUAUUGAAAACCUGAAGGCAAAGUUCUGCAGUACGGUAGCAAACGAUGUCAUGCUGCAGACUGGGAUGGGUGUGGUGCGGAUGUGGGCAGACGAAGGCAGUAGGCUAAGCAGAUUCAGAAUGCUGUUCACUUCAUUUGUGGAUCCUCCCUGCUCAGGCAACACUUACUUCUGCCAUAGCAACAUGUGCAUCAAUACUUCUUUAGUGUGCAAUGGCAUUCAGAACUGUGCAUACCCUUGGGAUGAAAAUCACUGCAGAGAAAAGAAAAUAACUGGAUUGUUUGAACAAAUCACCAAAACUCAUGGAACAAUCAUUGCCAUCACAUCAGGGAUAGUUUUAGUACUUCUCAUCAUUUCAAUUCUAGUACAAGUAAAGCAACCUCGCAAAAAGCUUAUGGCUUGCAAGACUUCUUUCAAUAAAGCUGGCUUCCAGGAAGUAUUUGAUCCUCCACAUUAUGGACUAUUUUCAUUAAGGGACAAAGAAAUUUCUGCAGAUCUGGAAGAUUUAUCAGAGGAACUUGAAAACUACCAGAAAAUGAGACGCCCUUCAACAGCUUCCAGAUGCAUUCGUGACCACCACUGUGGUUCCCAGGCCUCUAAUGCCAAACAAAGCAGGACAAACCUCAGCUCCAUGGAACUUCCCUUCUGCAAUGACUUUGCACAGCCUCAGCCAAUGAAAACAUUUAACAGCACAUUCAGGAAUAGUUACACUUUCAAACAAGUGCAUGACUGCCCUGAACAAGUCAUAGAAGACAGGGUGAUGGAGGAGAUUCCGUGUGAAAUUUAUGUUCGAAGAAGAGAAGAUAUGACACAAGGUUCAUUAUCUAUUGACUUUUGAUUUCCUAGUGAAGGUGGUAUCAGUGUCUAUACAAGAUGCUUGUGUAUAAUGCCUGAAUAUAUUCAAAGUGUAUUAUAUGCAGCGUGAGAUGCACACACUUUUAGCUUGUUAUACUUCAUUUAAAAAAAAAGUCUGCCUAACUAAUUCUUGCUGAGAAAUGGUGGAUUUCCUCCCAUCUUCCCAAGCUACCUACCUAGUGGAGGAGUAAGACAGAGACUUUGCAUGAAUAUUAUAAGUAAAGGAUAUUGGAAGAAAAAAACAGCUACUAAUCACUUAAGACCGAAACCAAUGAUACUAUUCUCUUACUCAUAUCAUUUUCUCUUCUUUAGAUGCCUGCAUUUCAAGACAAUUUUAAUACCUCAGUUAGUUACAUAAAUAAAAGUGCACCGCAUGUAUGUCAA